GGAAGUGACGUAGUAAUAACAGGAAAAUGAAAAAGUGACUCCGGUAAAAACAUGGUGGAAUACGGGGAUAUCCGCGUGGUUUACCGCGGAGGGAGUAAAAUUAAUUUCAGGAAGCCGGUUAUAAGCAACGAUUCCAGGUUUCUGCUGUGCGCUUCUGGUGAGUCUGUGAAGGUGUUCAGCAGCGUCACGGAGGAGUGUGUCCAUGAGCUGCGAGGACACACCGGCCAGGUGACAGGUGUGCUUCUGAGACCCUCCAAUCAUCUGCAGGUCUACUCCUGCUCAACAGAUGGCACCGUGAGACUUUGGGACUUCACAGAUGGCAUUCUCGUCAGGACUUAUGUUGUUGGAUACCCAGUUUACUCCAUCUACGCCUCUCUAAAUCACAAAGAGGUCGUCUUUAUUGUUACCCCCGUGCAGAGUGACAAAAGAACUGAGUUAUUCCAGUUGGUUGCAGUUAAUCUGCCCCAGACUCCAGAUCAGCUAGUGGAAGCCCGAGAUCUCUCUGCUGUCCUCAGCGAUGUCAGCUCCAACCCAUCAACCAUCGCCUUUGGUCGAGGGGGAGAAUAUCUGGCUUCAGUCAACAAUCUGAAGAUGGAAAUUUACUUUUUCAAGAAGAACAAAUCCUACAGUUUUUCCCUCAGAGAGUACACCAAGAACGGGGGCAAGAACACGUUUACGUGUAUCGCCUGUCACCCAAAAGACGACUGUGUUGCUACAGGACACGAUGACGGCAAAAUUAGACUGUGGAGAAACUUUAAACAAAAGAAGGAGUACACCUACUCCACCCUGCACUGGCACCACAGCGCCGUGAGCUCACUCUGCUUCACUCCUGAAGGCACCAACCUGCUGAGUGGAGGGGUCGAGUCGGUGCUGGUCCAGUGGAGAUACAACCAGGAGAACCAGAAAGACUUCCUGCCCCGUCUGGGCGCCGCCAUCACACACGUCACCGUGUCACCAGACGGAGCGCUCUUUUGUACGUCGCACAGCGACAACAAGAUUACGAUCAUCCAGAGCUGUGUGAAAGUAUCAGCUGUUAUUCAGGGUUUGGUCAAAGGGGAAAAUGUCACAACAGGCUUGUUGGUGGAUCCACGCAGCAAAGCUUUGGUUCUGAAUGGAAGACCGGGACACCUCCAGUUUUACUCUCUACAGAGGGACAAACUCCUGUUCCACCUGGACAUUGUGCAGCAGGAGUACAUCCACGAGGCGGGUCUGGAGCAGUUCGAGGUGGUCAGAGCAGCGUUCGAUGCCUCUGGUCUCUGGUUGGCCACAGUGGAGGAAAGGAAGCAGAAAUCUGCUGAGCUGGAGCUUAACCUUAAGCUGUGGUCGUUUGAUGAACAAACUCAGAGUUUUGUGCUGAACACAACCGUCUCGGCCCCCCACGAGGCACGGAUUACAGCCAUGUGCUUCAGCCAGGCAGCCGACAGCCAGACCACCACGCUGGUCUCCGCCAGCAGAGACGGGCACUUUAAAGCUUGGCAGCUGGGGUUGCCGGCCCACACAGACGAUGAAGGGCCUUCCUGGUCAUGUGAUUUUGUCGGAGCCUAUCACGGCCUGGUGCCCAGGUGCUGCUGUUUCUCAGCUGACGGCUCACUGUUGGCCGUCGGCUUUCAGGAGGUGGUGACCGUGUGGAACCCCACGUCCUGGGAGCUCCUGACGACUCUGUCUCAGCCACCAGGAGACGUCAGGAAUCUGUGUUUUGGUCAGCUGAGCUGUUCCAAAUAUCUGCUGGGAAGCAACAACAAGAAGAUGGUCUGCUGCUGGAACCUCCUGACCUGCUCCUUGGAGUGGAGCACCUCCAUGGAUGUCAGCCUGCUUCUGGUUGAUUCACGCUCUGAGAACAUGGCUGCGUUCUGCUGUCAGGACGGAUCCACAGACUUGUUUGUGUUCAAGCCCAGCGAUCCUCGGCCGCUGUUUUCCCAGAAGGCCGUGUGCUCAGGGAGGGUGAUUCACGCCGUCUUCACGCCGAGGGAGGUGAUGCUGGAGAGCAGCGAAGAGAGCAGCCAGUGGCUCAACCGCUCUCAGCUCUACUUCCUCACAGAGUUCAUGGACCUCCUGACGUUCUCCACCAAGGCAGAAGAAGAAAAGCUGAUGGCUUCCAGCAAACAGCUUGUAAUAGAUGACACUGUUGCCAUGACACCUUUCUACCUGUUGCUGGGGAAACAUCGACACGAACACUUAGGGAAUGAGGAGUCUGCUGAGAGAACUCCUCUUCCUCAGAGCUCUGUAGCCAUCAAAGAGCUCCUGCAGACCCCAGCCCACGUCCUUCCUGCUACCUCCUUCCUCUGCUCCAUGUUUGCCAAAUCUCUGCUGAUCUCCGUCACAGAAACCAGGGAGGAAAACAAACACGUCGAUGAGGAAAUGGAGAGCGAAAAAGAGGAAGAGGACUCAGAUGAAGAAGUGGAAACCAAGAUCUCAAGACCAGAGCAGGAGGCAAAGGGAGUUCAGGGGGGGGAGAGCACUGCCCCCACCCUAACAAAGACCCAAGUUAGGGAACUGAGGAGGGUGAGAAAACAGGACCUCAGCUGGAUCACGGGACUUCUGGAUUCCUGAACACAACAAGACUCUUUCUGUUUUAUUAUCUAAACCGAUGAAACAAACGUUUAGUUAGGAGCGAACCUGCUAAACGUUGUUUGUUUCUGAUGUUAGACGUGUGGACUGAGCUGAGGUCCAUUCUGCCUGCUUCUGAGACUUUAAUCUGUUUCACCUUUGUUUGCAGAUUUAUUUUUAAAUACAUUUUCAAGUUUUCCUGCCUCAGUCUUUCAUCCUGCUUAUAAAAUCAAAUCCUUUAUUUCCUCAUAAUUUUUAGGCUAGUUGAGUUAAUUCCUGCAGGUAAUAAUAAAUCAGCUGCGCUGAAAUGGGUUUUAGUUUUGGGAUGUGGCCAGAAGAAGACCUCUGAGCCUGCUGGAGAGGUUCUGCACCAUCUCUGGUGUGGGGAUCUCCCCUGAGAAGCUGCAGGAGGUCCAGGACGUUCUCGGUUGGACUGAGAUUUGGAGAAUUAAGACACUUCUUUUUUAGGUUUAAAACGUCACUAUGUGUGCAUUUUAGUUGUUUUAUUACGAAGAUUUAAUAAAAAAGGCAUCAGCUUUUGGUUUAUUCCA